UGGAACCAUGAACCAGAAAAAUUGAUGCCAUGGAGGAACAAUCACAGACCUGUGGACUGUUAUGCUGAUCAAUCUCGAGGCAUAAAUAGUGGGUUUGCUUCUGCAUUAGUGUUUGCUGGGAAGUGUGACGAGAAAAAUAUCUGUGUCUCUCCAACUGUUGCUGGAAGUGGACAGAACCCUGUAGAAUCUGACAUUAGUACUGCCACUACCUUUAAACAGAAGGAUCAUCAUCCUGGAAUCACCAAUACAGCAAUGCCCUUUCCUAUGUCACUGCAGCCAAACUUCUUCACACCAGUUAGGACUAGUGGUUCAGUACCUGAAAUUCCUCCUAAAUUGGCUUCUGAUGUCGAAAACAUUCCCUCUCAGCCUCAACCACAGUUAUGUCAGAUGAGAUCAUGCUCUACUGAUGGCAUUGCUACAAGUGACAAGCUGAAAGAACGGGAUUGA